AUGCGCUGGAACAAGGGAACCAUCUUAAAAGCAUCUGUGGACUAUAUCCGAAAGUUGCAACGAGAACAGCAACGUGCAAAAGAACUUGAAAACCGACAGAAGAAACUGGAGCACGCCAACCGGCAUUUGCUGCUCAGAAUACAGGAACUUGAAAUGCAGGCUCGAGCUCACGGACUUUCACUCAUUCCAUCCACGGGCCUCUGCUCCCCCGAUUUGGUGAAUCGGAUCAUCAAGCAAGAACCCACUCUCGAGAACUGCAACCAAGACCUCCUUCAGCAUCAUGCAGACCUACCUUGUACGACGACACUCGACCUCACAGACGGCACCAUCACCUUCAACAACAACCUUGGAGCCGGGACCGAGAGUAACCAAGCCUACGGCGUCCCCACGAAAAUGGGAUCCAAACUGGAAGACAUCCUGAUGGAUGACACGCUUUCUCCCGUGGGCGUAACUGACCCACUGCUUUCGUCAGUGUCCCCCGGAGCUUCCAAAACGAGCAGCCGAAGGAGCAGCAUGAGCAUGGAAGAAGCCGAGCACGCUUGUUAGCGGGCCCUCCCUGCCCUGCGCUUUCAGAAACUGCUUCCUUUCUUGAUUCGUAGGUUUCAUAAUUUACCCAAAGGGGGUUUCUUGAUAAUUUUCCUUUAAUAUGGAAGUUUUUUUCAUGCUUUAUCAAUAGCCCAGGAUAUAUUUUAUUUUUAGAAUUUUGUGAAACAGACUUGUAUAUUCUAUUUUACAACUACAGAUGCCUCCGAAGUAUUGUACAAUGAGUGUACAGUAUCUGCGAACUGAAUUCACCCUGGACUUCAGCUUUCUGAGCAAGAGGAUUCUGCAUCAGAGAAAUUUCUGUCCAUUUUUAUUCAGGGGAAACUUGGUUUGAGAUUUUAAUGCCUGUGACAUCUUUGGAAAUUAAAUGUAAAGUUUAAUC